UGUUAAAUUGAAGAGAUAGACUGGCACUUUGCCGCGGACCAAACUUGAGAAUAACUAGAAUACACAUGUCCCCAAUUCUUGGCAUUUUACGCCCAACAAAGACAAGGUCAUCAAGAUGGGCGAGCUUGGAAACAGUCAAAGCCCGUUGGCAGGAGACAAGCUUUUGGUAUUCCUCUCAGCGCCGGAGGAUACGAAAUGGACAAGCAGGAUUUCUGAGCGCUUUCCCGGCCUCAAAGUCUGCUGGGAGUCGAACUUGAGGCCCGGCGGCGGCUUUCUUCUUCCAGAUGAACUGCCGGAUGACGUCUGGGAAGGUGUAACGAUUUUUAUGGCCUUCAAUCCACCGGCAGCUCAUCGCUUGUCCAAAGUGCGCUUUGUGCAGUUGACCUCUGCAGGCGCAGACAGGUGGCUCGACCACGAUGUCUACAAGGACCCUAAUGUUUCAUUCUGUACUACGAAUGGCUGCCACCCGCCGCAGAUCGCAGAAUGGGUCAUUGGUUCUUGGCUCGCACAUCAGCAUCAUUUCCAGCGCUAUCACAACCACAUGAAGGAAGGGUUCUGGGAAGGCCCGAUGGAAGUAGACUUUGAGGAUUCUGUCGGACUCCGCAUGGGUGUCUUGGGUUAUGGGGCGAUAGGUCGCCAGUGCGGUAAAGUUGCGCAAGCAAUGGGAAUGGAGGUGUACGCAUACACAAGAAGCGAGCGUGCAACGCCCGAGUCCCGCAAAGAUGACAGCUACUGCGUUCCCGGUACUGGAGAUCCCGACGGACUGGUGCCUGCCAAGUGGUUCCAUGGUGCAUCCAAAGAGGCCAUUAACAAAUUUUUGAGUCAAGACCUCGACCUAUUGGUACUCGGUUUGCCUCUCACCGAAGAAACCAAAGGACUCCUCGGCAAAGAGCAAUUCGAGAUCCUGUCAAAACGCAAAGCUUUCGUUUCCAAUAUAGCCAGAGGUCCAUUGAUCCAGACAGACGCCCUCAUUGAAGCUCUUGAGAGCGGAAAGAUCCGGGCGGCUGCAUUAGAUGUCACAGACCCGGAGCCCCUCCCGAAAGAUCAUCAGCUGUGGAAGGCGCCGAACGUUUUCAUUACACCUCAUGUUAGUUGGAGAACAGACGGGUACUGGGAGCGAGUUCUGGGUGUACUGGAGGCCAACCUGGAGCGGAUAGAUGCUGGCAAGCCUCUUAUCAAUGUGGUCAACAAGAAUUUGCACUACUGAGUAAUAGUAGCUGCUUGCGUAUGACUGAAAUCCUUGUAGUGAGAGGUAGAGCGAACAGUAUUUGACAAUGAUACAGCCUCGAAAUCUGGUUAUUCACUGCCUGAUCAAGAGAUAACUAUUGUCAAGUAUUGCAGAACCAGCUUCCAAGGCAAUGUAGCAAUCCACUUCAUUAAGGUAGAAGACGAAGUUCAGAGUGCUGCACGA